AGGACCCAAUGAUCUUCAUCGCAGACAGUUUGGAGACACUGGUGAACCAUUUGUGUGAAAGGGACGGUAUAGAUAAAGAGGAACUAGAAGCUGUACGAUGUUCUUUUGCGGAAAGGCAACAGGGAGCAGAGACUGAAGAGAUGAAGGCCAUCACACUGCUGAUCCAAAAAGGGCUGGAUGUCAACAAGGCCGAUAAACAUGGGCAGACAGCCCUUCACUUACUGUGUCAGAGAUCUCGUGUAGAUGUCAGAACAGUUAAUCUGUUGAUCCAAAAUGGCGCUGAUGUGAACUUAGCUGACAGAGCUGAAAAUACUCCUGUGCAUUACAUAUGCCAGCGGAAGGAAGCAGAUGUCAGUACGUUGUAUCUUCUGACAGAACGCAAGGUUGAUGACACAUUGCAAGAUAGAUACGGGCGUACCGCCUUACAUCAUUUGUGUGACAGACAGAACGUCAGACUUGCCAACGUGACUUGAUCCAACGUGACAAUGUUUCACGAUAACAAGGGACGGGUGUUGCAUACUCUUGGCAUGACGUAUCUUGUGGAACUGCGGUCUGUGUCCAGCCUGCUGGUGAUCGUGUCAGACAUAUUUACUUGUUUAUGACAAAGUACCUUACCUUAAGUUGUCAUCCAUAAAGCACCUUACCUUAAGUUGUCAUCCAUAACCUACCUUCACUUAAGUUGUCAUCCGUACCUUACCUUAAGUUGUCAUCCAUAACGUACCUUACCUUAAGUUGUCAUCCAUAACGUACCUUCACUUAAGUUGUCAUCCAUAAAGUACCUUACCUUAAGUUGUCAUCCAUAACGUACCUUACCUUAAGUUGUCAUCCAUAACCUACCUUCACUUAAGUUGUCAUCCGUACCUUACCUUAAGUUGUCAUCCAUAACGUACCUUACCUUAAGUUGUCAUCCAUAAAGGAUCUUCGUCGCGAGUAGCUGCAGCGUUGCUGAUGCCGUGUUAAGCUAUAUUCAUUCACUCACUUGUAAAGGAUCUUUGCAAUCUUACUACUAUCCAUCAACUAAGUUGUCAUCCAUAAAGUGUCUAACAUUUCUCAGUAUUCAUCAACUUUACACUUUAAUGAAUUGAAGCUAAAGAGGAUAAAGACAAACUAAAUGAGUUAUGUAAAACCAGGAAUACCCACUGUAGCACGUGGAGAAAACAGAAAGCUGAAUCUGAUGAACUUGCUAGAGUACUAAUGAAUAUUGCUGAGUUCCUUUACAUAAAAUAUAUAUCGAAUUUCACGUUUCGGCAUCCAUCGCUGCAUGAAUAACACCCCAUGUGUAAUAACACCCCAUGUGUAAUAACGCCCCAUGUGUAAUAACGCCCCAUGUGUAAUAA